CCGGGCGGAAGGGAAACUUUUCCGAGGGCUGUGCCGGGACGUGGCGCAGGAGAGCGUGGCGUCUGGUUUCUCCGCGGUCGCAGCUGCUGCCAACUCAGACAAAUCUGGCUCGGGGAGUAUCGCUGCUGCCACGAAACCAACUCGAGAUCCGGGAAGCUCUCACUGACUAGGGGUUUAUUCACAGGCUCUCGCUGUUUGAUUCUCCUCUCUCCCCAUUAACAAAUGAUUGGAUGAGGCUGCAGAAUGGCAUGGCCAAAGUCAAACCAGUGCAUGAACAGAUGAGAAACAGCAUUGCCUUCUGAGAACAUUCCCAGCUGCUGGGAAUCCUAAGUGUGACCUCACUGCCAAAAGAGACCCCGACGUUAUGUGAUCGUUGAGCAGAGUUUGCGAGGAUGGAAAAGCAAAGGACCCCGCUGCCAGAGUCUCGUAAAUAAAGACUUCCAAGAUUCAGCUGAGCCGAAACAAAUUAUUCCAGCCAUGGGAGAAAAUGCAAGUUUUUGGGAAAGUUUGAUAUAUGCACAUCCUACGUGUACUACCUGGAAGCAAGAGGCAGAGGGAUCCAUCUACCACCUAGCCAGUAUUCUCUUUGUGGUGGGCUUCAUGGGUGGAAGUGGAUUCUUUGGGCUGCUCUACGUUUUCAGCUUGCUGGGGUUGGGCUUUCUCUGCUCCUCCGUUUGGGCUUGGCUGGAUGUCUGUGCUGCUGACAUAUUCUCUUGGAAUUUCAUACUGUUUGCUAUAUGCUUCGUCCAGUUCGUUUACGUCACCUACCAAGUUCGGAGUGUUUCCUUCGACAGAGAAUUCCAGGAGCUCUACAGUGCUCUCUUCCAGCCUCUGGGAAUUUCUUUGACUGUCUACAGGAAGAUUGUUUUGUGCUGUGACGCAGAGGUGGUUACCCUGGAGAAGGAACAUUGUUAUGCCAUGCAGGGAAAAACACCUAUUGAUAAACUGUCCCUGCUUGUAUCAGGCAGGAUCAGAGUGACAGUCGAUGGAGAGUUUCUGCAUUAUAUUUUUCCUCUUCAAUUUCUGGAUUCUCCUGAAUGGGAUUCACUGAGGCCCACAGAAGAGGGAAUAUUCCAGGUGACGCUCACAGCAGAGACAGACUGUCGGUACGUGGCCUGGAGGAGAAAGAAGCUGUACCUGCUGUUCGCUAAACACCGGUUCAUCUCCCGCCUCUUCUCGGUUCUAAUCGGGAGCGACAUCGCGGACAAACUGUACGCGCUGAACGACAGGGUGCACGUGGGCAACGACUCCCGCUACGACAUUCGCUUACCCAACCUCUACCACGUGGCGCUGCCCGAGAGCCCUCCGGUGCAGCUCUCGCACCGCCUGCAGAGAGGGUCCCCCCGGCGCCAGCCCGCGGCGCUCACCCACUGCGGCCCCUUGGGCACACGGGCCUAGGAGGGAAGCUGCUGCUGCGGCCCGUCCCCAGAGCGACACGGGGAGAUGCUGCGUGGGGAGGAGGAAGAGCGGGAAGCAGAACGAGACCCAGUCAAGCCAAAUUUGACUGACAAGUGCCAUUUACUUCCAUUGGGGUAGCUUGAAUCCUGCCUCUCUGCAAGAGCCAGCGGGUUGGCUUUUGCGUUCUUAUCUGUGCAAUGUGUUUAGUUUAUGUCGGUUCUUCUGUUUACCAUCAUAGAAUGGUAGGGUUGGAAGGGACCUUCAGAGGUCAUCCCAUCCAACCCCCCUGCAGAAGCAGGGUCACCUAGAUCAGGUCACACAGGAACAUGUCCAGGCAGGUCCUGACGACCUCCAAGGAAGGAGCCUCCACACCCUCCUUGUGCAGCCUGGGCCAGGGCUCCCUCACCCUUACUCCAUCAUCUCCUUACUUUUGGAGGAAAACAAACCAUGUCAGGCUGAAGUGUUACUGUAGUUGUGGCAGCCUCUGCGUUGUGGGAUUUAUUUCUAAAGAAAAAGACCCAAAAUUAUUUGCCAUGGUGAAGUAUGGUCAAUGAAAACGAGCUGUCUUCAAAACACAGCAGCUUGCUUGUAGCAUUCGCGUUUAUGCCAUGUGAACAUUGCCUCAGUUAACACGAAGAAUACUGCAGAAAAAGGCUGAGACCUGUUGCAUUGGGUUUGUUUUUUAAAGAAUUGAAAGAUUUUGAAAUGCACAGCAAGAUUCUUUAAAAAACAAAGAAAAUGAAACAGCAAAUUCUUUCCCACAACCAACUGGUUUUUCUCUUGACUGUCCUAACAAGGUAUUAUGUAAAUACAAGCAUAAAUGUCAUUGGUGGCAUUAGAAAAGGGAAGGAGUUGCAACUGCUGCACAUACAGCUUAGGGAAAUGAUUGUGUAGCUUUCCUGCUAGGAUGUGAUGCCAUAGGGCCUAGGCUUCCACAGUGUCAGUGCCACUCGUGACGUGCAGUACCUACUGUUCAUCAACCAGCUGCCAAACCACUGGAGUGUGUUUUACAAUAGUCUUUUCAGCCAGGUUUGUCAGGAAGAAACUAAGAAACAGCCGCAGCAAUAAAUACCAUUUUUAACCAAAACAUUCUUGUUUAGCUUCUAGAGUCAUUUUCCUCUGCCUGUGAAACUUUUUGCUUUAAAAACCAUUCUCUCUAGGUCUGUGGUGUUUCAAUGGCAUAAGGGGGCACCAGCUCAUGCAGGAGAAAGCUGGUUUCAACCCUUGAGGUCACUGUGCCUUUGGGGAGAAGCAUCUGAAUGUCUUUGCUAACUCACCUUCCUGCUGCUCUGCCUGAUGCCUGCCACUAAUCAAAACAUGAGCAGCAUUACUAUUUUAUGGGACUGUAUUUGCUGUGUGGUACAUCUGGAGGUAGGUCAUGUUUUUAAUGCUUUGGAACUGCUGGAGCGUUUGAUAGGACAACCCUUCUGUGUUGGUGUAUGUGCAGGUAUGCAUCUGAGUUUAGACCUUGGGAGUUGUUGCUGGAGGCUGUGAAAUAAUGAUGCAACCUCAUGCUUAAAAGAUAAGCAUGCAGUGUAAUUAAGAAAGCUGUUAGGAGUGAUGUGAAACACUACCUGUUUGAAGGACCUUCAGUGUAGCACAAACAAUGUUGGAUGAGUUUCACUUUUAGCUCUGCAUCCUUCCCUUUCUCAGAGAGAAGCAGCUGCCACACAUAAAUAUCAUGGCAAGCAAUGUGAGAAGCCCCAAAUCCUUCUAAUAACCCUUCCACGUGGUGUAUCCUGUAUGUGCUACUGAAUGUGUAAGUCCCAGAUUCACAAAGCUACUUUGUCUUGGUCAAAAGAUAAUUGGAAAAAAGCAAACAAAAUUCAUUGGUGGUAGUUAAAGACUGGCCCAGAAAAUAACUAAAGGCCCAGAGAGUGAGAGGCUGGCACUGUGUGAUAGGGAUGUGCAGCUGUGUGCCCUCCUCCUCUGCUUUCCAUGGCUAAGGAACAAGAUGUUGGGCCACCUAACCCCUGGGUAAGACUCAGCACAUGUACUCUCCUGAAACGUUAUGGUUGUGAUUAGUGCUGGAUUUGUCAGCAGCUGGGACUGCUGGAGAGAGGCCAGCACAGGGACACCAAUAUGAUCAGGGGACUGGAGCAUCUUCCUUAUGAGGAAAGGCUGUGGGACCUGGGGCUGUUUAGUCUGGAGAAGAGGAGACUGAGGGGGGAAUCUUACCAAUGCUUAUAAAUACUUAAAGGGUGGAUGUUGAAAGGAUGGAGCCAGUCUUUUUCCUGUAGUGCCCAGUGACAGGACAAGAGGUAACAAGCAAAAGCUGGAACACAGGGAGUUCCACUGGAAGAAAAGGAGAAACUUCUUUGCUG